UUCCGAGCCUGUGAUGAUAUUUGUGUCAAUUUCUAUGGUAGUUAUGAAUGUCGAUGUUUUAAUGGUUACUCCCUGAAUUCUAAUAAGAGGUCUUGUGACGAUAUCAAUGAAUGUACGGUAUAUGGACCUUGUGAUCACAUUUGUCGGAAUACUCCUGGUAGUUAUAAUUGUCAAUGUAAAACUGGCUAUACCCUGGAUUCUAAUGGUAAAACUUGUUCA